AUGGGGGCAAUUAGCCCGUACCUCUAUAGCUGCACCAAGAGACAGCAAGUAUUGCUCCGAGAAGCAUGGGCCGAGGCUGGGGUCCUCGCCGAUGCUCACAACCAAUGGUGGCCAGGAGGAAAAUGGCAAGCUGCCAUGUCCCUAUAUUUAGGGCCAAAGUCCAAAGACGAUUACAGCUUCGUCUUCGGAAAGGGACAAUUAAUGAAAAAUAUUAAGCGAGAGUACCUCAUUCAUGCGGGAUACAUAGGCCAGCCCCCCGUUUUCACCUACUAGAUAAUUCAAUGAAUUCGGCAAGGAUUCAAGGACCUAAUACUAUGGGGCUGAUUACCUUUAGUUGGAACAAAUUAUACCUUAUAAUUAAAUAGGCUUUGGGUGCCCAUAUGACCUAACGGCGUAUCCCGCAGG